UUAUAUUAGUGCAGAACACUGUACCUUUAAUUUAAAUGCCCUUGGAGUCUGCUGGGGAAGAGAAAUAAUACUGUCAGUCAGUAUGACAUGCAGAUGAGUGCCGUCGAUCUUAGAAUCACCGCACACUUCACUCAUUUGGGCAGUCACGGGGCCAAAACCAGAGUGUGGAGCCACAGUGUGGCGGUGGAGGCAGCAGCAAUGGGAGGCCAUACAGCACCCUAUGACAAAAUGGAACCCACCAGCAGUGUGAGGAGACCUGAAAGUGGCACAUGGCGGAGUGUGGCGAUGGAGACAGCAGCAAUGGGAGGCCGUACAGGGACCCAUGACACACUCUGGACCUGGCAGCAGCAUGAGGAGGCGGUACAGGGGCCCAUGGCAGAGUGUGGCGAUGGAGACAGCAGCAAUGGGAGGCCGUACAGGGACCCAUGACACACUCUGGACCUGGCAGCAGCAUGAGGAGGCGGCGGUACAGGGGCCCAU